AUGGUCGUCAUCUUCGACUCUGCCCUUAGAGGAGAAACUUUUCGCCUUGGCAAUCAUGACCUGCCCCGACUCUUCAACGGGCUAUGGCAGUUGUCGAGCAAUUCGUGGGGAAGUGCUCCUGCCGCCAAGAUUCGCCGUCAGAUGGCCAUUUACGCGGAGAAUGGCUAUACGGCGUUUGGUAAGAUCAUAGAUGUCCUACAAGCGAUUGAACUUACUAUGACUUGUGUUAGAUAUGCGGACCACUACGGACCUGCUGAGAUUCUUUUCGGCGAAUUUAGAGAGAAGUGGUCAGAUCCUCAAGAGAUCUUCGGCGCCACCAAAUGGUGUGUUUUCAGGACCGUCGAACCCACGAGAGCGCUUGUCGAAGAGGCAGUGGACGAUCGACUUGCCCGUAUGCAGUCCCACCGUAUCGAUUUGCUUCAGUUCCAUUGGCAGGACUACGACGACACCCGCUACCUCAAAGCGCUGCAUCACCUAAAGGAUUUGCAAGGCGAAGGGAAGAUUGGGCUGAUUGGCUUGUGCAACUUCAACAGCGCAGUCAUGGACGAAAUCUGUACGGAGCUGGGCUCGGGUACGAUUGUCUCCAACCAAGUCCAGUUCUCGCUUAUCGACGUUCGUCCGCUCUAUGCCAUGGCGGAAGUGUGCAACCGGCAUAACGUCAAGUUACUGACAUACGGCACUCUGUGCGGCGGUUUCCUCGCCGAUGCUUGGCUUGGCAAGGAAGAGCCAGACCUAUACUCUGGAUCGCUGACACCGUCUCAGCGCAAGUACUUGGAUAUGAUUACUCGAGCGUGGGGCUCUUGGUCGCUCUUCCAGGAUCUUUUGAAGGAGCUCCGUGCUAUCGCUGACAAAUAUGAUGGGAUGAGCAUCGCCAACGUGGCUACCCGCUGGGUACUCGACCACCCCUUCGUCGGGGCAGUUAUCAUCGGUGUGAGGAUGGGAGUUUCGGAACAUACAGACGACAAUCAGAAAGUCUACAGCUUCCGCCUCGACGGGGACGACAGAGUGAAAAUCGAAGCAGUACUUGCGCGUUCAAAUGGAGCACAACUGAUUAAAAGUAUCGGCGACUGCGGAGCCGAGUAUCGCUAGAAUCCACGGCUGCCCGGUCAUUGCUUGCUCAGUCGAAUGUACGCUAGUAUUGUAUAGAUGUGUCCAGUUUGUUCCUCC